AUGUCAAGAUUAUUUAAUAAUUUUCUAUUGAAAACGAAUAAAAAUCAAUUUAUUCAAUCAUUUUCAACAAAAUCUCAAAUUAACAACAAUAUUUUCAAUAAUUUAAUAAAAAAUGAAAAAAUAUCAUUACCCCCACCACCUUUUUUAUCCUCGUCAUCCCCAUUAUCAAUGAAUAAUAUAUUUAAUAGAAAUAAUAAAAAUUUAUACACAACAAAUAAUUUUAAUUAUAAUAAAUUACAAUUUACAACUCAAUCACCCAAUCCAACCCCAACCCCAACCCCAACCCCAACUCCAACCCCAACCCCAAAUAAUAAUGAAAAUAAUAAUAAUAAAAAUAAUAAUAAUAAUAAUUUUAAAGAAGAACAAAAGAAAAUAUUACAAGAAAAGAAUAAAGCAAUUGGAUUAUACGUUUUAAUUGCAAUUAUUGGUAUUUUAGGAUUAUCAUAUGCAGCAGUACCAUUGUAUAGAAUAUUUUGUAGAGCAACCGGAUAUGGUGGUACAACAAGAGAUGCUGAUGAUUUUGAUGUAAUUAGAAAAAGAAAUUUAGAUAGAACUGUUUACCCAAUUAAAGUUACAUUCUCAGCAUCAACAGCCAAUAAAAUUCCAUGGACAUUCAAACCAACUCAAAGUACAAUCGAAUGUUUACCUGGUGAACCAGUUUUAUGUUUUUAUAGAGCAACCAAUAAUACCGACACACCAAUUAUUGGUGUUGCAACUUAUAACAUCACUCCAAUGAAAGCUGGAACCUAUUUCACUAAAAUUCAAUGUUUUUGUUUCGAUGAACAACGUAUCAAUGCUCAUGAAACAAUUGAUAUGCCUGUAUUAUUUGUAAUAGAACCCGAACUUUUAGAUGAUAAAAAUAUGAAAGGUGUUUCUGAUAUAACCUUAUCUUAUACUUUCUUUAAAUCAAAUGAUCAAGGUGAAUAUGAAGAAAUUUAA